AUGAGAGGGGCUAGAAGGUGGUGCCAACCAGACCCCGGCACCGCAAGGCCCCCAAAGCUCAUGGGCAGCGGGCCAGGUGGGCCCCAAGGAAACCCAACGAGCCCCCACCGAACCCCGCCCCCCAAGCAACUGCAGCGUCAGGCCCCUGCAACGGUCCCGACCUGGGUCACACCGCAAAACCGACCCCCAGCAGAAGGACGAGGCACGCCACCAGGACGCGCGGACGACGGGCCCCACCCAGCCCCCCGGACCCCAGCGCCCAGGAGCACAGGCCAACCUGCAACCCCGCCAGUACUCCCCCAGACCGCCCCAGACCCAAAGCUGGACCCCCAGCCCACCCGACCUGCCCCCCACUGCCAGCCGCACACCAACGGGCAGGCCCACCCUGCGCGGCAGCAGAACGCCCCACCCCCCACCCCCGCAGGUGGCACCCAGCACCCGCACCAGGCCCCCGGCCGUGGGGGGGGCCCCAGGCGGGGAAAGGGAAGCAGGGAGGGACGGGGGGAGGGGGGAGGGAGGGGGAAGGGCAGGAGAGGAGCGAGGGGAGGGGGGAGGAGGAGCCCACCCACCCCGCACCACCAGUGGCGGAAACAGCCCCCCAGGGUGGACUGGCCAUGCCGCCCCAGGCCCAGGGAACACAAGGAGACCCCGCCACCUCCACGCACACAGGGCAAGCAGUCCAGACGCACCCGCCCCCCAGGGGAAAACCGCCCGGCCCCGCGAUCCCCCACAGAGCCAGGGAGCAGGCCUGGAUUCAAGGGAGAGAGGGUGCACUUAACACAUGCUUAA